GCUCAGGGAAAUGGCGGAGAUGGGGGAGGGGAAACCGGGCAACGUUCCCUCUGAGAAUCGGCCAACCACCAAGUAGCCCCCAAACAUCUCCCUCAAGCUGAAGAAUUGGUCUCCGCUCCUCGCCCACAUGCACCGCUGGCCCAGACCCGCUCCUCACCGCGCGAAGCCACCGUCCCUGUGCAGCCGCACCGCCUCAGACCGUCACAGCCAGACAGAGAACGAGCGCAGGCCCCCGCCGCCCUCCACCGCCUCCCCGCGCUCCUACCCCGCCGCUGUGCCCGAUUGGUUGCCCCGGCUUCAACGGUGGCGCGAGGGCGAAGCGAUUGGCCCAAGGCCGUGUCUAUCAAAGCGCCGGAGAAGGCAACGGCCCCGCCUACCGCCGGCACCUCCCUUCAGGCUGUUGAGGCCGCUAAAGGCCCGAGAAAAAUCGGGCUUGGAAAGUCAGCGCAGUCUUUAGGAGGCCAAACCCCUGCCUGAAACCAUAUAACCCUAGCCCUAAUAGCCCCAGUUACCUAUACGCCGCAAAAAAGCGAGACGUAGGCAAGACGUCGAGGUUGCUGCAGCGGAGAAACAGAAGAUAAUGGCGUCUGCAGCGCUUUCGCCUGGAGCGCCCUCCUCCUUUCUCUUUCGCGCACUCAAUAGCUGGGGGGAGGGGAAAACCUCUCGCGAGAACUAAGGCUGCCUCGUUCACGCGCACAGGAGGAGGCGGAGAAGGGGCGUUUUCGGGACGCGGAGGAGUCUUUUAGGCUUGGAGGAGGGGCGUGAGCGCGCUGCAAAUCCGGCGGGAAGAGGCAAACAAGGAGUAGGGCGCGCGCCGUGGUGGUUUCUGCGUUCCCAGUCGCGCGCCCCAGGAAUCGCUGUUGCGCGAGGAAGGCGGGAUCCCCCAGCUCCCAGGACCGUUUUUGAACAGUAGAGGUUACAAUUACUCCACUGAACAACCAGUUGCAAAUCCUGUCAUCAAAUCCUAUGCUUUUGUUCCAAAUGGUAAUAGAUGCAUAAUAUUUCUUUUAUUUAAAAGAAAUGAGUGUAACUAGUAUUGCAUUAAAAGUUGAAACGUGGCUUUUAGCAACAUGGCAUGUUAAAGUGCCUCUAAUGUGGCUGGAAGCUUGUAUUAACUGGAUCCAAGAAGAAAAUGAUAAUGUUAAUUUGAGUCAGGCACAAAUAAACAAACAAGUGUUUGAGCAAUGGCUUCUUACUGACCUGAGAGAUUUGGAGCAUCCUCUUUUACCUGAGGGCAUCUUAGAAAUACCAAAAGGAGAACUGAAUGGAUUUUUUGCUCUGCAGAUUAAUUCAUUGGUUGAUGUAAGUCAACCUGCAUAUUCCCAGAUACAAAAGUUGAGAGGGAAGAAUACCAUGAAUGACCUAAUUACAGCUGAAACACAAGUAACUCAAAAGCCUUGGGAAGCAAAGCCUUCACGAAUGUUAAUGCUACAGCUAACUGAUGGAACUGUACAAAUCCAGGGAAUGGAAUACCAGUCUGUUCCAGCUCUUCAUAGUGAUCUUAGUCCAGGUACAAAAAUUUUAAUUUAUGGCAACAUUUCUUUCCGUUUUGGUGUUCUAUUAUUGAAACCAGAAAAUGUGAAGGUGUUGGGAGGAGAAGUAGAUGCUCUUUUAGAGGAACAUGCCCAAGAAAAAGUACUUGCAAGACUAAUUGGGGAAACUGAUCCUAUAGUUACGGUCAUACCAAAUAGUUCUAACCAAAGCAUCUCCAGAAUUACAGAUGUUGUAGAUCCUGCGUUAGGACCUUCUGAUGAAGAACUCUUAGCAAGUCUUGAAGAAAGUGAUGAGCUUGCUGCAAAUAAUGACACCCCCUUAGAAAAAAGAUGUUUCAGCACAGGUAGUUCCUUGAAUACUAUUCCCACAAGACAGUCAGGUGUUGAACAGGGACUUGUUAUUUCUCCAAGGCCAAAGAAGAAACCAGCGAAUCAAUCUAUGCUUUUCCCUGAUGGGGAAUUAGAUGACUUUUCAUUGGAGGAAGCCUUGCUUUUAGAAGAGACUGUCCAGAAAGAACAAAGGGAGACUGAAGAAUUGCAGCCAUUGGCUUUGAACAGAACCACAGAUGAAAGUGUAGAGAGAUUGUCACAUAAACCUGAUACUCCAAAUAAUAGUUCAUUGAUUUGCAAAAAUGGAAAUUAUAAAAAUAAUUGGAAUGAAAAAUACUUGUCUAAACAAAUGACUGAGGACAAAUCUUUUAGUUGUCUAUCCACUAGAGACCAAAACAGUAGUGUUUUCUCAGUUCAUAAUGUACCCUUUCCCCAAGAUUUUAUAAGUAAAGAUAAGAACUUAGAGAUGCAUAAUAAAAUAAAACAAACUAUCAACAGUUCAGAUGAACAUUCCUUAAAUAAUAAAAUACUAAAUGGAGAGCUUGUCAAUUAUGUACCAAAAAGGAAUUCACAAAUUUCUAAUGAAAAUGAUAAGCAUUUACAGACUUGUUCUUUAAAAUCAUCAGGAAAUAGCAGUAAUCUUUCUGUAGCCAUGGAUUUGUAUUCUCCACCCUUUGUGUAUUUGUCUGUGCUAAUGACCAGCAAACCAAAGGAAGUUACAACAGUGACAGUCAAAGCAUUUAUUGUAACCUUAACUGGAAAUCUCUCAAGUUCUGGUGGUUUUUGGCGUAUUACAGCAAAGAUUUCUGAUGGUAGUGCAUAUCUCGAUGUAGGCUUUGUAGAUGAAAUACUUACAAGUCUGAUAGGAUUUUCAGUACCAGAAAUGAAGCGGUUAAAAAAGGAUCCUUUUCAAUACCAAAAAUUCCUAGAAGGUCUGCAGAAAUGUCAAAGAGAUCUAAUAGACUUGUGCUGUCUAAUGACUAUUUCGUUUAAUCCCUCUUUGUCUAAAGCAAUGGUACUGGCAUUACAAGAUGUUAACGUGGAACACCUUGACAACCUGAAGAAACGAUUGAAUAAAUAAUUUACUAAAAUAGUAUUAAAAAACAAUUCAGGAAAAUAUGGAAAUAAUUUAGAUAUAGAUUGGACCUUUUAAUUUUGAAACUGUAAAAAGAAAAAGGAAGUUUCAUAACUUAUUUAAUUUAAAAAUGUCUAAUGUUUAUGUGUUUAGAUUUCUUAAAUAAAAUUUUUUAUAAUAACUUCUGAGGAAUUCGGUGAUGAACUGUUAAUUGAGAAAUUUGUUUUACACUUGUCAUUUUGCAUAAGGUGCUUGCUAAAGGAUUGUUUUUACUGAUGAGUAAUGUUGAAAGUUCACAAUUACAAAUGAUUGUAUUUCUAAUAGGUUGAGUAACCCAUAGUAUGUUUAUAUUAUUAUACUUAGGAAAAAAUGUAAAUCCAGUGGAUCAGAAUUUCAUGUUUUCAGCUGUAAAUUGCUUUGCUGUUUCUUAUUUAGCUGAUUGUAAAUAUUUAUCUGGUAUAUUUAAGGUAAAUAUUAUGUUAACUAGAUACUAUUUUAGAGAUUACGUUGAAUGGUUAAAAACCCUAUUUUCAAAGAUAAUUUAUGUUAAACGGCAUAUUAAACCUCCAUUAUUAAGAUUCAGUAAGUACUCAUCUGUUUUGGAAUAAAAUAAGGUAUUGCUCCAUGUCUUCAGGUGUUAAUCCCAUUCUGAAAUAGCUGUACCUGUAAGCCUUCCUUUAGUUUUGUGGGAAGUGCUGUUUUUUUUUUUUAACGGGAGACUGUCACUUUUUCACUUUGCUGUUAAAAAAUCACAUUUGAAAGGUAAAGCUAUUUUUUAUUUUGUCUUUAAAUUUUAAGUUAAAGUAUCUUGAAUUUUAAAACAUUAAACAAAUACUGAAAUAA